AUGUACCUUUCCAUUUGUUGCUUCUUCUUCUGCUGGGCUCCUGCCCUGACUCUGAAGAACCUGAAUUACUCGGUGCCGGAGGAGCAGGGGGCGGGCACGGUGAUCGGGAACAUCGGCAGGGAUGCCCGGCUGCAAGCGGGGGCGGGCGGGCCGCCGCCGCCGGCGGAGCGGGGAGGCGGCCGGGGGACCAAAUCGACUUUCCGCGUGCUGGAGAACUCGGCGCCGCACCUGCUGGACGUGGACGGCGAGAGCGGGCUGCUCUACACCAAGCAGCGCAUCGACCGCGAGGCGCUGUGCCGGCGCAGCGCCAAGUGCCAGCUCUCGCUCGAGGUCUUCGCCAACGACCAGGAGAUCUGCAUGAUCAAGGUGGAGAUCCAGGACCUGAACGACAACGCGCCCGCCUUCCCCUCCGACCAGGUGGACAUGGACAUCUCGGAGAACGCGGCGCCGGGCACCCGCUUCCCCCUCACCAGCGCCCACGACCCGGACGCCGGCGACAACGGGCUGCGCACUUACCUGCUCACCCGCGACGACUACGGCCUCUUCUCGCUCGACGUCAAGUCGCGGGGCGACGGCACCAAGUUCCCGGAGCUGGUGAUCCAGAAGCCGCUGGACCGCGAGGAGCAGAGCCACCACACGCUGGUGCUGACGGCGCUGGACGGCGGCGACCCGCCCCGCUCGGGCACGGUGCAGCUCAACGUGCGCCUCAUCGACUCCAACGACAACAGCCCCGUCUUCGAGGCGGCCUCGUACGUGGUGGAGCUGCCGGAGAACGCGCCGCUGGGCACCGCCGUCAUCGACCUCAACGCCACCGACGCGGACGAGGGCACCAACGGCGAGGUGCUGUACUCCUUCAGCGGCUACGCGCCCGAGCGCGUCCGCGACCUCUUCAGCAUCGACCCGCAGAGCGGCCUCAUCCGCGUCAAGAGCAACCUGGACUACGAGGAGAGCGGCCUCAUCGAGAUCGACGUGCAGGCCCGCGACCUGGGGCCCAACCCCAUCCCCGCCCACUGCAAGGUGACCGUGCGCCUCAUCGACCGCAACGACAACGCGCCCGCCAUCGGCUUCGUCUCCGUCCGCCAGGGGGCGCUCAGCGAGGCCGCCCCGCCGGGCACCGUCAUCGCCCUGGUGCGGGUCACCGACCGCGACUCCGGCAAGAACGGGCAGUUGCAGUGCCGGGUGCUGGGCGGCGGCGGGGCGGGCGCGGUGCCCUUCGCCCUGGAGGAGAACUACGACAACUUCUACACGGUGGUGACCGACCGGCCGCUGGACCGCGAGGCGCAGGACGAGUACAACGUGACCAUCCUGGCCCGGGACGGGGGCAGCCCCCCGCUCAACUCCACCAAGUCCUUCUCCGUGCGGAUCCUGGACGAGAACGACAACCCGCCCCGCUUCAGCAAGAGCCUCUACGUGCUGCAGGUGCCUGAGAACAACAUCCCUGGCGAGUACUUAGGCUCCGUGCUGGCCCAGGACCCAGACCUGGGCCAGAAUGGGACUGUGUCCUACUCCAUCCUGCCCGGGCACGUGGGCGACGUCUCCAUCUACACCUACGUCUCUGUCAACCCCACCAAUGGCGCCAUCUACGCCUUGCGGAGCUUCAACUACGAGCAAACCAAGCACUUUGAGUUCCGCGUGCUGGCCAAGGACUCGGGCUCACCCCACCGCGAGAGCAAUGCCACUGUGCGUGUCACCGUGCUCGAUGUCAAUGACAACGCACCCCUCAUUGUUCUGCCUGCCCUCAUCAAUGACACUGCGGAGCUCCAGGUGCCACGCAACGCUGGUGUGGGCUACCCCGUGGGCACCGUGCAUGCCCUGGACAGUGAUUUUGGGGAGAGCGGACGCCUCACGUACGAGAUCGUCGAAGGCAAUGAGGAGCACCUCUUUGAGAUGGACCCCACCAGUGGCGAGAUCCGCACUUUGCACCCAUACUGGGAAGAACUCAGUCCCGUGGCUGAAUUGGUGGUCAAGGUCAGUGACCACGGCAAGCCCAGCCUCUCAGCUGUGGCCAAACUGAUUGUCAGGGCCUUGGCAGGACCAUUGCCCGAAGCCGGCGAGCCGCAGGUGAAUGGUGAGCAGCAUCGGCGACCUCACUGGGACCUGUCGCUGCCCUUGAUUGUGACCUUGAGUACUGUCUCCAUCAUCCUACUAGCUGCCAUGAUCACCAUUGCCGUGAAGUGCAAGCGGGAGAACAAGGAGAUCCGCACCUACAAUUGCCGCAUCGCAGAGUACAGCCAUCCCCAGCUGGGAGGAGGGGGCAGCAGCAGCGGGGGAGGAGGAGGAGGUGGCGGUGGUGGAGGCAAGGGCAAGAAGAAGAAGAUCAGCAAGAAUGACAUCAUGCUGGUGCCCAGUGAGGGCGAGGACAGCAGGGGCCCCCUCAAUGUCAUGAACGUAGUGAGCAGCCCAUCCUUGGCCACCUCACCCAUGUACUUUGACUACCAGACCCGUCUGCCCCUCAGCUCACCCAGGUCCGAGGUGAUGUAUCUGAAACCCGCCUCCAACAACCUGACUGUGCCCCAGGGACAUGUGGGCUGCCACACCAGCUUCACAGGGCAAGGGACUAACGCCAGCGAGGCUCCCCCGAGCCGGAUGUCCAUUAUUCAGACAGACAAUUUUCCCGCAGAGCCCAAUUACAUGGGCAGCAGGCAGCAGUUUGUUCAAAGUAGCUCCACGUUCAAGGACCCAGAAAGAGCCAGCUUGAGGGACAGCGGGCAUGGGGACAGUGAUCAGGCUGACAGUGACCAAGACACUAACAAAGGCUCCUGCUGUGACAUGUCUGUUAGGGAGGCACUCAAGAUGAAAACUACUUCAACUAAAAGCCAGCCACUUGAGCAAGAACAAGAAGAGUGUGUUAAUUGCACAGAUGAAUGCAGAGUGCUCGGUCAUUCUGACAGGUGUUGGAUGCCACAGUUCCCUACAACCAAUCAGGCUGAAAAUGCAGAUUAUCGCACAAAUCUCUUUGUACCCACAGUUGAAGCUAACGUUGAGACUGAGACUUAUGAAACUGUGAAUCCCACCGGGAAAAAGACUUUUUGUACAUUUGGGAAAGACAAGCGAGAGCACACUAUUCUCAUUGCCAAUGUUAAACCUUAUUUAAAAGCCAAACGUGCCCUGAGUCCUCUUCUUCAGGAGGUUCCCUCAGCAUCGAGCAGCCCAACCAAGACAUGCAUUGAGCCUUGCACCUCAACAAAAGGACCACUGGAUGGUUGUGAAGUGAAAUCAGGAGCCUUGGCUGAACCAAGCAGCCAGUACUUGUCAACUGACAGUCAGUAUCUAUCACCUAGUAAACAGUCAAGAGACGCUCCAUUCAUUGCAUCAGAUCAGAUGGCUAGGGUCUUUGCAGAUGUACAUUCCCGAGUGAGCCGAGACUCAAGUGAGAUGGACUCUGUUCUGGAGCAGUUAGACCGUUCAAAUCGGGAUCUAGGGAGAGAGUCAGUGGACGCAGAGGAAGUUGUGAGAGAAAUUGACAAGCUUUUACAGGACUGUCGUGGAAGUGACCCUGUAGCUGUGAGGAAGUGA